AUUUAGUGAAUUUUGUAAAAGUACUGCGUCCAGACUUCUGGCGUACAAACCAACUGAAACUGCGAUUCAGAUUGGCUUAUCAUGGAUACUGAAUAAAAACAGUUUUUUGCAAAACUCAUUACCUACUACUCUGUGUGUCAUGGCAGGAUGGGUGGAGUUCACUGAUAGCUGCAUCUGAGGAGGGACAUGUGGAGGUGGUGGACAAGUUAUUACAACAUGGAGCCACAGUUGAUCUUCAAAAUAAGGAUGGGUGGAGUUCACUGAUGGCUGGAUCUCUGAGGGGACAUGUGGAGGUGGUGGAAAAGCUAUUACAACAUGGAGCCACAGUAGACCUUAUUACCAAGAAGUAUAAUGACACAGCACUGUUGCUAGCCUGUCAGAACAAUGACUUGACCACAGCUUCUGUCCUCCUGAGAGCUGGUGCCUACCCAAAUGGCUGCAAUAACCGUGGACAGACUCCACUGCUGCAGGCUGUAAGACACAAAAACCUGGCAAUGGUCAGGGAAUUAGUACAAGCUAAUGCCAAUGUGAACCAAAUGGAGCAGGGAGGACUCUCUCCUCUGAUGAUGUGUUGUGAACAAGGAGACUCAGAGAUGACAAAACUGCUACUUGACCCUCAAGCUAAUCCUAACCUCCAGCAAUCAAAUACUGGAUACACAGCUCUGAUGUUUGCCUGCAAGGGAGGUCAUCUGGACACAGUGAAGGUCCUCAUGGGACAUGGAGCUGACCCACUGAUCAGGAAUUCGGCGGGUGUGACAGCAUUGACUAUUGCAUCUGCUAAUGAGUUUCCUGAUGUCUGCAAUGAACUAAACCACUGGGGGCAGCCAGAUAGCACCACUGAUGUGGAGCAUCCUGAGACUUCUACAGCAAAAGAGGAAGUAGAUGAAGUAGUCAGUAGGUUCCGAGGACAGAUGUUGGCGGAAGCUCCCUACGACAACCGGGAACAAGAGGAAGGGGUGGAGGGAAAGAAGGUUCCAAAAGGAGAUUACAAACGAUACUUGAAGAUUCGUGCAUUAGGAGCAACUCUAUGGAGAACUGGGAAAAGGAAAGUUAAAGCAGCAAUAGAAACAUUGUACUCUAACCUUAACUAAUAUUACGUGUAUCUGUUUAUUACCAGAAUAUCUUGGUUGUUGACAUAAUCAAGCAUAACUAGUCAUCAAAGUACCACAAUACGACAGCGGACAUACACUAGCGAACGUGUUUUUGCUGACUUGGCAAAUUGUGCUCAAUUGUUCCAGCAAAAAGCAAUACUGGAUCAAGGAUAGUUAAAACAAUGGCAGUGAAGGAUGUGUACAGUUGUGAGACAGUCACACUAUAAAAUAAUGAGUUCUUCGUCUUUGUCACGGGG